AGCGCUAUUAUAAAUAGGAGAUAUUAAGAAAUUGGGAAGAGAAUCUUUCUGUGUGUUUCCCGGUGGUUAAGUUCGUGCGAUCAAGGAACUCGUCUACGACGAAAAAUCUCACGUGCAUAGCUCUGUAGCUUUUUGUUUUUGUGGACUAUCAUUCCACUUUUAAGAUUUCAAUCCAAAAGGGAAAUUCUUCUUCUUAAGCUCAUCAUCAUAAAAAGAACCACACAACAAUGGCCCUAGAGGCCGUGGUUUUCCCACAAGAUCCAUUCAGUUACCCUUGCAACAAAGACUACUUCUACUCGCUGCUGCACAACAAUUUUCAAGAAGCAGAAAACAAAGCCUUUGUAGGAAUCAUCACCAACAACAUAGACCACACUCUGCAUGCAAAUUGGGAUUCUUCUUCUCCUUCACCUUUGCAAAAUAUCAAAGACCAAUGGGACUCACACUCCUCCCCUGAACCCUGCACCGUCGAUCAAUCUCUCCCCGCCGCUUUCCCUCCUCCUCCUCCCUCCGAACCCACCACCGCCACCGCCCGCCGCAAACGCCGCCGCACCAAGAGCACCAAGAACAAGGAGGAGAUCGAGAAUCAAAGAAUGACCCACAUUGCAGUUGAACGCAAUCGAAGAAAACAGAUGAACGAGUACCUCGCCGUUCUCAGAUCCUUGAUGCCACCCUCUUAUGUCCAAAGGGGUGAUCAAGCGUCUAUCAUUGGUGGCGCCAUUAACUUCGUGAAGGAGCUGGAGCAGCUUCUGCAGUGCAUGAAGGGGCAGCAGAGAACAAACGAAAAUGGCGGUGGCUUCUCUGACCCAUCAUCAUCACCCUUUGCUGAGUUCUUCAUGUUCCCUCAGUACUCGACACGUGCGACACAGAACGGCAGAGGCUACCCUAGCACGUGCGAAGCACGGAGCCAUUCAUGGGCCGUGGCGGACAUAGAAGUGACCCUUGUGGAUGGUCAUGCCAACAUAAAGAUACUCUCCAAGAAACAACCAGGCUUGCUUCUGAAGAUGGUGGCUGGCCUUCAAACUCUCGCCUUCACCAUUCUCCACCUUAACGUUACCACUGUCCACGACAUGGUCCUUACCUCGGUUAGUGUUAAGGUGGAGGAAGGGUGUCAGAUGAACACAGUGGAGGAAAUUGCAGGUGCAGUGCAUGAAUUAUCCCGCACGAUUCAGGAGGAAGGUGUUUUGAGGUGAUGACCCGUGAAGCCAUAUAGCAGAAGGGAUAACGUUGUUGUACAUGCAUCAGUGAUAAAUAAGCUAGGAGAUGCUAAUUAAAGCAUAGGUUUCUCACUCUUUUCUGGUUUCAUAUUUUUUUCCUCUUUCAUGUGAUUCUCCCACCUUCAAGAACUUGGCCAAAGAAGGGAAAAAGGGGUUGGAAGCGACAAGCAAUUUACGCCGUGGAGGCCCCUCCUCAGAGAAGUGUGUGUGAAUUAUUAGCGUUAUUUUUAGAGCAUGAGCAUCGUUAAUUUGCUUGGAAUGUCUGUGGACCUCUUUGCAAUUAUUUUGCACUGUAGAAGAUUUGGAUAUUAAAUAAUGAAUAAUAUUGGCAUUUGAAGAGGGGAAAACAAAAGGAAUGAAUGAAUGGAAGUUGAUGAGGAUGCAGUGUACCUAGAAAUAAAAGAUGAAGAUCUACGGUGGAAAUAAUAGGCAUCUACCAUUAUUAGUAUACGCGCCUAGUGUAUAAUUAUUGUAUACCAUGAUUUUCCUUGUCCUUCUUUCCACCAAACCCGAUAUGAGAUCACUCUUCUAAAAA